AUGGCGGGAAAAUAUCAAGGUGUACAAGCUCGAUUAAAAGAGAUUAAUGAACAUGCUCAGUUUGUCCCUUGUGCUGCACACAGCCUUAAUUUAAUCGGCGUACAUGCUGCUAGUGUAUCAGUAAAAAUGAUUUCAUUUUUCGGUAUUGUACAAAAUAUAUUUAACUAUUUUUCUGGAUCAACAAGUCGCUGGGAAGUACUAAUGCGGUGUUUGAUAAUAACAUUAAAAACGCACAGUGACACACGCUGGGCAUCUAAAUAUAAUGCAGUUCAUUCGUUGUAUUGUCAAUUUGGCGGUGUGAUAAAAGCUUUACGUGACAUAUCUACCAAUCCAAUUUUUGGCGAUGGGGUUGCUAAUGCAGAAAGUAUAUUGAAACAGUUUGAUUUGGAAUUUGUUUAUUUUUUAGUCAUGUGGGAUAAAAUAUUGAAUCAAAUAUAUCGUGUAAAUAAAUUAUUACAAAGCUCAAAUAUUUCAAUAGAUCAGGCUUCAAAAAUGAUAAAUUGUUUAAAUGUUUCUCUCCAAGAAAUGCGUGAUAGUGGAAAUGAACAAAUUAAAACUGAAGCUAUUAGUAUUUGUGAUAAAGUUGGAAUAAAAUCUGAAUUAAAAAUCAAAAGGACAAUAAAAAGGAAAGUUAUGAGUGGAGAAAAUUCAUCGGGUGAAGAUAUUUCUGCAGAUCAAUUUUUAACAUUGGAAUACUACAAAGUUCUUGAUAAUAUGAUGGCUCAAAUAAAAUGGAGGUUUGAACAAUUAUCAAAUAUUGCUGAUGAUUUUCAAUUCCUUUCUGCUCAUUCACUAUCUGUUACACCAGUUGAAAAAUUGAAAAAAUAUGCAGCUGAUUUAGCUAUCAAAUACAACGAAGAUAUUGACCAGGAAAUAAUUAACUUUAUAUAA